GGAAAUCAGUCUACGACCUGGCAACCCUGCGAGUCAUGAGACAAGCGCGGCAGUGUGCUCAGAGAUAGAGAAGAGGUGGGUUGUGCAUCAUCUCGGCUCCUGACCGGCUCUGUGGUACCUUGGGAUGGUGCACCAAGAUGGCCGCCGCCUGGAACAGAUGACGUUUCACUGAAAGCUAGCACGCCUACAUCCAAUUGGCGGUGUACAAACAUACACACUACCUAUACAUAUGGGAGAGCACAUACCACCUCUACAUGGCUUUUCCCACUACCUGACGCCAUAGAAAGAGGCAAAAUACGAGUGGAAAUGUGGUCUAUAGAGGAAUGGUGGCUUCAAACAUGGCGGAUGUGGCGGCGGUGGCGGUUCUAUUAUAGAUACGUUACUUCAGCCACCACCACCACCACCACCACCUCAGGGUUGGUGGUGGUGGUGGUGAUGGUGAUGGUGGUGGGGGGAUGGAAUACUCUCCUCUCCACGCCCCCCGCCCAGCCCCUCCACCAUUUUGAUCUGAAUUAUGAUGGUGGUGGCGUGACUACUACUACUACUACUACUACUACUACUACUACUACUGUAAGGGCUCUCAAAAUGGACUGGAGGAGGCGAUGGACGUAUCCUUGGGCUGGCAAAGGACGAAAGGAAAUUGCUAGAAGACGUAAAAGAAAGGAGGAGGAGGAGGAGGAGGAGAAGGAAGGCUACAACAACACUAACAACAAUAACAACAAUAACAGUCAAGGAUGCGAAGGAUACCGGGUAGGAUUUGCAGCCGAAGGAUAUCUCCCCCCCGUGGGCCCUUGCAUCCUACCCUGGUUCUGGCAACACCUGGCUGAGGGAGCUGAUUGAGGGCGCCACAGGUGUGUUCACGGGCUCCACCUAUGAUGACCAGCACCUUUAUGUCACAGGCAUGUUUGGGGAGCUGGAGCGGUGGUCAGCGGGCACCACACUCACGCAGAAGACACACUCCGCCUCUCCCUCCGUCGUGGCCUCCUUCAGUAGGCCGCGCCGUGGUGUUAGUGAGGAAUCCGUACAAAGCUCUCCUGGCCUACCAUAACUACCUGUUUGGUGGACACCUGGGCUACGCACCUGUCAGUAAUUAUAGGAGUAAAGACUGGAGCGCCUUCGUGCAUAUGCAGGCGAGGGCGUGGAUGGACAUUGCUGUGAACUGGACGAGGGCACUGCAGAAGGAGGAGGAGGAAGAAGAAGAAGAAGAUCAGACAAGGGAACUAAAGGAGAGAGAAGAGAAGGAACGAAUAAAUGUGCUGAAUGUCAGAAUUAAGGAAGAACAGAAGAAGGUGAAGGAAGGAUGGAAGAGGAAGAAGGAGACACAGAAGAAGAGGAUAAAGAAGGAAGGGAGGAAGAUAGCAAUAGUCCACUACGAGGAACUAUUGCAGGACCCUCUUACGCCCCUCCUCCCUGCCCUGGCCGCCCUGCCCGUGCCUGCCCCCUCUCCUACAAGACUGGCGUGCCUCAGGAGGCAUCACACAGACAGGCGUCGCUUCAAGAGGAAACAAGAAUACCUGCCCGAAAACCUGGACAUCUUCUCACCUGUGGACAGAGACAAGCUUGACCGUGCCAUUCGUUAUGUGGAUUACCAUCUCCGCCGCCUCCACCUGCCCCCGCUGCCCCUCCAUCUGUAUGAGUACUAUAACAACACGCUGCCAGACGCACAAAAAACGAUUCGCGUGGCGUGUCUUGAGGGGGAGACUGAAGCGGCGUGUGAUGCGCGUGUGGACCAGCUCAACGCCGCCUGGAGGAGGAGGAAGAGGAAGAACGGAGGGAAGGAUGAACAGACUCCUUCCUCUUUGUAUGAUGGAGGAGGAGGAGGAGGAGGAGGAGGGGAUAGUGAAGAGGAAAAGGAAGAUCCACUAGAGAAGUUCGCAGGCACCAAGGUGGGCUGGUUCCUGACUCGAGGGUUCACGAGUCUCAUGAAGCAACUGCGAGGCGACCCGCUCCGCCAGGCUGUGGUUCAAAACUCAGAGCCGAACUUUGCAGUGAAACAGUAGGCUUCAGAUGCUUCCCCUCGUGUUGUGUGUUGUGUUGUGAUGUGCUGCUGUGUUUGUGUUUAGUAGUAGUUGUUGUAGUAGUAGUUGUUGUAGUAGUAGUAGUAGUUGUUGUUGUUGUUGCAGUAGUAGUAGUGGUGGUGGUGGUAUGUAUGUAUGUAUGUAUGAUGAUAUAUAAAACUAUUUAUUUACUUAAU